AUGGCAGCAUGGUGGGUCUGGAGGGCGCUCAGUCUCUUGACUAAGCUGGAAUGGAGAGCAUACCACACUAAGAAUUGCUUUGGACACUGGAAAAAAAACCUUACAUUCAAAUCAACCAGACAAGUUUUUGACAGCUUUCUUGCUAAAAAGUUUGGUACUGUGAAACGCUAUGGAGCUGAAGGUGCGAGAGUAUGAUGGGGGUUCUUUGAUGAAGUUCUCCAAUUGUCACUGAUUAGGGGAAUGUCUGAUGUCAUUAUUUGUAUGCCACAUCGAGGUAGACUGAAUUUACUCACUGGUCUUCUUGAGUUCUCCCCUUCUCAUAUGUUUUAUAAGAUUAAAGGUAAUCCUGAGUUUCCAGCUGAUGUUCCAGGUACUGGUGAUGUUCUGUCUCAUUUAGUUUCAUCAUUCGACAUUGAUGAUCAUGAAACAACUCUUGACAACUCACUUCGUAUCACUAUGGUACCUAACCCCUCCCACUUGGAUGCUGUCAACCCAGUUGCUAUGGGAAAGGCCCGAGCUAGAAUGCUGACUCGUCAAUCAGGACCAUAUCACAAAGAACAAAUGACAAAGGAAAAGUGUUAUUGCUUACAAGUUCAUGGUGAUGCUUCAUAUGCUGCUCAAGGAAUUAAUAUGGAGUGUUUAGCUAUUAGUAAUGUGCCUCACUAUGAGUUAGGAGGCAGUGUACACUUAAUAGUUAACAAUUACCUUGGAUUUACCACACCAGCUGAAUAUGGCAGAUCUUCCAGUUAUUGUAGUGACGUUGCUAAAAUGAAUGGGUGUCCUGUUCUCCAUGUUAAUGGUAAUCAUCCUGAAGAAGUGGUGAGAGCAUGUCAUAUAGCAAUGGAGUAUAGGCUACAAUUUGAAAAGGAUGUCUUUAUUAGUCAUCUUCAAGCUCAAUGGACAGGAUUGGAUCAUCCAUCAGAUCAAAUAACUCAUUGGGAUACUGGUCUAGCAGCUGAAUUAUUAAAGUACAUUGGAGCCAAAUCAGUGGUUUGCCCUAUAUUAGGUAGUCCAUCCCGAUUGAAGAAAACUCACAUUGAAAAUAGACUAAAUAUGCUAAAUGGAGGAACUAAACUAGACUGGGCCACAGCUGAGGCACUUGCUGUGGGUAGCCUUCUUUAUCAAGGCUUUAAUGUACGACUCAGUGGACAGGAUGUGGGUAGAGGAACAUUUAGUCAUCGACAUGAUUUAGUAGAUCAAGAAACAGAUGAAGCAUAUAUCACGUUAAAUCAAUUGUCUGACUCUCAGACUAAUUUUCUUGAGAUCGCUAACAGUCCAUUAAGUGAAGAAGCUGUGCUAGGUUUUGAAUAUGGUUACAGCAUAGAUAAUCCCAAACAUUGUGUUGUUUGGGAAGCACAAUUUGGAUUUUUUAAUGGAGCACAAGUUAUUAUUGAUACAUUUAUAUCAUCAGGAGAAGACAAAUGGUUAUUGCAAAGCGGGUUGGUCAUGCUUCUUCCUCAUGGAUAUGAUGGUGCUGGGCCAGACUCUUCAUGUAGAAUAGAAAGAUUUCUACAAAUGACUGAUAGUUUAGAAGAGGGUCCAGAUGGUGACAAUGUUAAUAUGCAUAUUGUUCAUCCAACAACUCCAGCUCAAUAUUUCCACCUGUUUAGGAGACAAAUGUUAAGAAAUUUCCGAAAACCUUUAAUAGUACAAUCUCCUAAGAUAUUGCUCAGAUUACCAGCAGCUGCUUCAUCAUUAGCAGAUAUGUCACCUGGUACUUGUUUUAAACCAGUUCUUGAUGGUCCUGAUGUAGACUCCUCUAUGCAGUUCUCUCUCAUUUCCACAAGAGAUGCUAACCCUCCAGUCUUCACUCUUACCUUCAAUGUUUCUGAUGGACCUCCCACUAAUGUUACUUGCACAGAUGGAAGUAACCCAUUCACCAUUGCUAGUAGUGACCUGUCUCGUGUGGCAGUGAAUGGACCAGGAUCUGUUACACAGGUGACAGUGACAGUGAGGAUGAGACAAGCUGGUGCUUACCAGUGUACUGUGUCCAAUGCUAGAGUAGAUGCUGGUACUAUUGGUUUUUUCACCGCUACAAGUAGUACUACUACAUCACAGCCUAUAACAGAUGGUCCUGAUGCAGACUCCAGCAUGCAGUUCUCUCUCAUCUCCACAAGAGAUACUAACCCUCCAGUCUUCACUUUUACAUUCAAUGUCUCUGAUGGACCUCCCACUGAUGUCACUUGUACAGAUGGAAGUAAUCCAUUUAAUAUUGCUAGUGGUGACUUAUCUCGUGUGAUAGUGAAUGGAACAGGAUCUGUUACACAGGUGACAGUGACAGUGAGGAUGAGACAAGCUGGUAUCUACCAGUGUACUGUGUCCAAUGCCAGA